CCCCCAAAAACCCCUAGCUUUCUCUCCGUCACUUCCUUCACUUUCUCAAACCGAAAGGAGAUCGGGGGAGACAAGAUGGCGGCCAGCGAGCACACCGUUUUGCAGUUCAAUGCGCCGUCAACAGCGAGUCUGUCGGCGAAGGUUCACCCUCUCGUCAUAUUCAACAUCUGUGAUUGCUACGUGAGGCGUCCCGACCAAGCCGAACGCGUCAUCGGCACUCUCCUCGGCUCCGUCCUCCCUGACGGCACUGUCGAUAUCCGUAACUCCUACGCCGUUCCUCACACCGAAUCCUCCGAACAGGUUGCUUUGGAUAUAGAAUACCAUCAUAAUAUGUUAGUCUCCCACCAAAAAGUGAAUCCGAAAGAAGUCAUUGUCGGAUGGUAUUCCACUGGGCUUGGAGUCACAGGUGGUAGUGCAUUAAUCCAUGAUUUUUAUUCUAGGGAAGUACCUAACCCUGUUCAUUUGACGGUGGAUACGGGAUUUAGGAAUGGAGAGGGUACAAUAAAGGCUUAUGUUUCUGUCAAUUUAUCUCUUGGAGACCUACAACUUGCUGCUCAAUUCCAGGAAAUUCCUCUUGAUUUACGUAUGGUUGAAGCUGAGCGACUUGGAUUCGACAUCCUCAAGACGACAGCAGUUGACAAACUGCCAAAUGAUUUGGAAGGAAUGGAAGUCACAAUGGAAAGACUAUUGGCUUUGAUAGAUGACGUCUACAAAUAUGUUGAUGAUGUUGUGGAAGGGCGGGUUGCAGCUGAUAACAGCAUAGGUAGAUUUAUAGCAGAUACAGUAGCAUCCUUACCUAAACUAUCUCCUCCAGCCUUUGAUAAGCUUGUGAAUGACAGUCUGCAGGAUGAGUUGCUGUUACUAUACUUGUCAAGCAUCACCAGGACACAACUCGGCUUAGCAGAAAAGUUGAACACAGCUGCUCAGGUCCUGUAACUUCUGUCCAAGCGAUAAGUUUCUGUACCAAGGCAAUCAUACUUUGUGGGUUGUGGCCAUUAUUUUCCGAGAAGGUCGUGUAAUACUUAUUUGUGGUUUUGAGUCUGAAAAAUCGCCCUGUAGUUGCCCAGUGGCUUAUCAUAAACACUACCCUCCUCCAGUGAGGUUGAAUUAAAUUUUGUUUUUAAUUUGUUUUCGUUUCUUUAGAAAUCGCGCUUAUCUCAUAAUCUAAAAGUCUUAUUUAUGAAUGGAAACAUCCUUGGAUGACCCUCCUUGCCCUGUCCGGUUAUGGUGAUUGAAGUGAGGAUCGGCUUCUAACUUUAGAAGUUUAUUCUGUUAUUUCAGUUUCCGACAAUUGAGAUUGUGCUUGUUUUGAGAAUGAUGAUAUGUAGGCAUUGUCAUGUA